CCCAACGUUCUCUUUGUUGGGGGAGGAAAUGUAGAGGGAGUGUCAUCUGAGGCCACUGGCCUCUGAGAUACAAAACAAAGAUGCGGCAGGCUCCAGCCCAGAGUGGGAGCCAGGUGACAGACGACAGGAAGGCCACAGCUAAAGAACGCUUCUGUUCAUGGAAGCAAAUGCUGAGGAUGCUUUCCACAUGAACCCUGAGUGAGCCUGUGAUAUAUUUCCUGUGGAAAGAGGAAGGAGCCAACAUGAAGGAAAAUGUGGCAUCUAGAGCGGUUUUCAUUUUGCUACUUUUUCUCAACGCCAGCCUUCUGAAUGGACAGUCACCUCCUGGAAAACCCAAGAUCAUUAAAUGUCGUUCUCCUGGAAAGGAAACGUUCACCUGCUGGUGGGAGCCGGGGUCAGAUGGAGGACUUCCUACCAAUUACACGCUGACUUACCACAAGGAAGGAGAGACACUCAUCCAUGAAUGUCCAGACUACAAAACUGGGGGCCCCAACACCUGCUACUUUAGCAAGAAGCACACCUCCAUAUGGAAGAUAUACGUCAUCACAGUAAAUGCCAUCAACCAGAUGGGAGUCAGUUCCUCGGAUCCACUUUAUGUGGAUGUGACCUACAUAGUUGAACCAGAGCCUCCUGCAAACCUGACUUUGGAAUUAAAACAUCCAGAAGAUAGAAAACCAUAUCUAUGGAUAAAAUGGUUUCCACCCACCCUGACUGACGUAAAAUCUGGUUGGUUCAUGAUCCAGUAUGAAAUUCGAUUAAAACCUGAGACAGCAACUGAUUGGGAGAUUCAUUUUGCUGCGAAGCAGACUCAGCUUAAGAUUUUCAGCUUAUAUCCAGGACAGAAAUACCUUGUGCAGGUUCGCUGCAAGCCAGACCAUGGAUACUGGAGUGAGUGGAGCCCAGAGAGCUCUAUCCAGAUACCUAAUGACUUCCCAGUGAAUGAUACAACCGUGUGGAUCUUUGUGGCCGUCCUUUCUGCUGUCAUCUGUUUGAUUAUGGUCUGGGCAGUGGCUUUGAAGGGCUAUAGCAUGAUGACCUGCAUCCUCCCACCAGUUCCAGGGCCCAAAAUAAAAGGAUUUGAUAUUCAUCUGCUGGAGAUAUCACAGCCUUCUCGCCUUGUGUCUAUGUUUUAAUAGAAGGGCAAGUCCGAAGAACUUCUGAGAGCUCUGGAAAGCCAAGACUUCCCUCCCACUUCCGACUGCGAGGACUUGCUGAUGGAGUUCAUAGAGGUGGAUGACAGUGAAGACCAGCAGCUGAUGCCACGCCCCUCCAAAGAACACAUGGAGCAAGGCGUGAAGCCCAUGCACAUGGAUCCUGACAGUGACUCUGGCCGGGGCAGCUGUGACAGCCCUUCGCUCUUUUCUGAAAAAUGUGAUGAACCUCAGGCCCAUCCCUUCAAGUUCUAUACUCCUGAGGGCCCUGAGAAACUGGAGAAUCCCGAAACAAACCUUACAUGUCUCCAGGCCCCUCAGAGCACGAGCAGGGAAGACAAAAUCCCCUAUUUUCAUGCUAACGGACCCAAAUCUUCCACAUGGCCUUUCCCGCAGCCACCCAGCCUGCACAACCCCAGAUAUUCUUACCACAACAUUGCUGACGUGUGUGAGCUGGCCCUGGGCAUGGCAGAUACCACAGCCACUUUGCUGGACCAAACAGACCAACAUGCUUUAAAGCCCUCGAAAACCAUUGAGACUGGUGGGGAAGGAAAGGCAGCCAAGCAGAGGGAGUCAGAAGGCUGCAGUUCCAAGCCUGACCAAGACACGGCGUGGCCACUGCCCCAAGACAAAACCCCCUUGAUCUCUGCUAAACCCUUGGAAUAUGUGGAGAUCCACAAGGUCAGCCAAGAUGGAGUGCUGGCUCUGUUCCCAAAACAAAACGAGAAGGUCGGCGCCCCUGAAACCAGCAAGGAGUACUCGAAGGUGUCCCGGGUGACGGAUAGCAACAUCCUGGUGUUGGUGCCGGAUACUCAAGUGCAAAACCUGACUCUGUUAGAAGAACCAGCCAAGGAGGCCCCGCCAGCCCUGCCAUAGAAUCCAGCCGAGGCUGACCUGGCUGUCUCCCCUGCAACCCCAGGCAACUGCAAACUCCAGUUGGGUUGGGGACUGGGUCCCACAGGUUUUAUGCACUCUUGCAGUGAGAGUUAUGGAAGGAUGGGUUGAACUGUGAUUUUCCUUCAGGGAACACUACAGAGUACGUGAAAUGCACUCUCGCAGAGAGGGCUCAAGAGCAGGGUUAGAAUGACACUACCCAACUCCCAGUUCACUCUUCAUUCUCUGUAUUUCCAACCAGUUGCCUCUUUUUCCAACAGCUGAUUCCAGAACAAAUCGUUCCAUCUUGUGUGAUUUGUAGAUUUACUUUUUACUAUUACUUAUCAGAUUAUAUGUUCAAUGAUAUAGAAGCACAUUGCCUAGUAUUCUUGAGAGACAGUGCCAACAGGUAUAUUCUCUGGAAAAGGCCUUCAUGGUUUUGUAUGUGACAGAGGGGUAUAAGUCAGUCAAAAUUGUUUACCAUGGGAAGAUGGUAGAUAGGAGAGAAAUGCCAUGAAAACCACUCUUGAAGACCAAUUGCUUAAUCUUUGCACUCCUCUUUCAUUUUAUUAGGAUUAACCAAAUACAAUGCACUUAAAAAGUUUCAUUCUAGAACACCUGACAAAUUGUUUACAUCCGUUCCUAUUACCUUAAUGACACAUUGCCAAUAUGCAAGUAAACAGGAUGCCUCCAGUUUUUUCUUAAAAUCGUUUGAAUUUAUUAAGCAUGGAUUUUACCCCUAAAUUGUAUAUCAUUCUGAAACUUCUAGAGAAUAGGGUUUUAGAAAGUGAAAUUUUCUUACACAGGAGGCAAAUGAGUUUCAUGUGGUGAAUCCUUCUAAAAUGUUUUCCUCUUUUAUUUCAGCAUGAUAGAUAAUUUAUUACACACCCUAGUCUUCUGUUAGUGAAAAAAAAAGUCCCAAAAGACUAACUUUAAUUUAAAAUAUAAUCAUAGCAGGAUGCUAACAGAAGUACUGCCUUACUGUAUAUACAAAUUCUACUUUAAUAUAAACCCAUAAAUUUAACAAUGUAUUUUUGAAGACUAUUUUUCUAUCACUUAAGUAAAAUAAAAGACUAUUUUCUAUCUUCCCAGUACAGCCUGUUUACGUAUUCAGCGGGUACAGUAUUUUCUGCCAUGAGGUUAUAAUGAGUAUUUUCAGUACACGGUGAUAUAUGUAGUCCCUGUUUGUGGAAUAAAAUGCCAUACCAAGCCAAAGCCCAUUGAGGAAUAGGAAGUGGAUGACAAAAUUCGAUUUCCAACAUAGUGUAGUAUAGUUUUUCUGAUUCUUUUUAUCUCCAGGAUACUUUAAACAGCAAUCAAGAAACUAGAGUUUUAGGACUCUCCACAGACUGAAAAUUACUUCUCUUGUAAUUUAGGGCCACUCUGGGGGUUCUGCUCUUCUCUGGGUGAAAAUUUUCACUUCUCUGUGAAAUUUUCACUUCUCUGGGUAAAAAUUCAUAAAGAUGAAAUUUUCACUUCUCUGGGUGAAAAUUUAUAAAGAUGAAAAAGGAGAGUGGGAACACCUAACAUACUGCCUUAGAGAGAGAGUUCUGGUUUUGUUUUUCUGAGCAAUCUUGGGCAAAUCCAUUGGUGUGUUUACUUCUUAAGCUGGAACACAAAGAAUCUGAGCUCCCUCUGUGAGUUAGAUAUUCCAGCCCAGUAAGUCCAUCUUGACAGGAACAGGACUCCAAGGUUGGCUGAUGUGUGAAAGUGAACACACUGCCAGAGCUCCCAGAAAUGCAAAAGUAACAUAUCUGAGGCUCUAUUAUCCCAAUACACACACAACCGGUUAAGAGUGAGGGAGCCGUUGGGGAAGAUUGUCCAAGUUUAUUAGCCCCCUAGAUCCUUGCUACUCAAAAUAAGGUCUGAGGACCAGCCAUACCCGCAAGUAUGGGCGCUGCUUGGAAAUGCAGAAUCUCUGCCCUCGCCACCCCCACCCACCAGAAUCUGCAUUUUGCUAAGAUCCCCAGAUGAUUCAAGUACACAGUGAAGUUUGAGAAGCAUUGCCCUAGCAGAUCAUUUCCACUAAAGCUGAUUUUAGUGCCUGGAGCAGUUCUUUCCUGGAAAGUACAGGUCGAGUCUGUUUGACUUGCAGUGAACAGUACUGUCAUAAAAAGGUAUCAUUUUAAAAAAUCUGUUAGUGGUUUGGUAUUCACAUAAUGGAAGAGAAUGAUCUGCAAAAGCACAUACAACUUCUAAGAGGGUCAGGGAAUAUAUCCCACCUUGAGAAGCAUUGACCAAAGACUUGGACCUUCAAAGCCAGCACAGACCAAAUCUUUCUCAAUAUAGUCCCGUCUCCUCCAAGAUGCCUAUGAACCGCUCUGAUAGUAUGAAAUUCUGAUAGAAUUCAAAAAUAGUCUUUUGAUGUAUAAUUUGGCAUAUAUGGAAAAAACUGUCAUGGCUGAAGACUCAAACUAAAUUCUUUAAAAAAACACCAGUUAGUAAGUAGAUUACUGUCAAUCAUUAAGUAAAGCCAAGGCUAUAAUUCUCGGUCACUUAGCACUCUUUAAUGAAUUGCGUUUUGUUUUUUUUUUUUUCCCAUGGUCUAGCCUAUUUUCUAUCAAGGAGUCCUCUAGUUGAGUGGAAGUGUGCAGAUUAAGAGUCAGGAGACCCAGCUUCUAGUGCUAAUUAUGUUAGCUUAGCUCAACUCUCUUCUCUGGAUCUCAGUUUGCUCUGAAUGAAAUGCUAGGCCAAAUAAUCUAUAAUGUCCUUUUAAACUGUGAAUCCUUAAUUCCAUGAUUCACUCAAUAGUGUCCAGCAAAGAUGAUUAACCAAUGCCUUGUAUCAUAAUUAAGCUUACAAAUAAUUGCCCUUUAUCAUAGACACAUGUCCUCUUCAGUGAUGUGUCCAUUUUGUUUCACUUUUUUUCUUUUUUUUUUUUAGUUGGAGGACAGUUGCUCUAUAAUAUUGUGUUGGCCUCUGCCACACAUCAACACGAAUCAGCCACAGGUUUAAAUCAUCAAUGCCAACUAAUCCUAACAUAUUGUACAUGCAUUUUACAAAUUACGUAGGUAUAGAAUCAUAGUCUAAGAUGAUGUGCAAAUAUGUGUGUAGAGAGAAGCAGAGAUUUUUUAAAAAGAUAUUGAAAGAGGCUCUGACUUUUAGGGACAAAAUGCUUUUCUUAUACUAGGCUGCUGAUUCUGGUUUGCGCUUUUUUUGUUGUUGUUGUUUUCGUCUUCUUAUGGAUUAUGAACCACCAUUGCACAGUUGGUGUUAAAAGCCUCAAGCUCUGAUUUAUAAAACGUCAUAUUUUUAUAAGUAAACACUUCAAGCUACAAAGCACAUGGAAAUAGGAUAGCCAGUGGGUGAUUUAUGGAAGCUUAUAACUCAAACUGCAAAAUCUUCUCUAGUCAGUUCUAGCAAAUGGGUACAAGGCACCUCAGAUGAGCACAAAUAAUCAGUCACGUCGCUGAAAUGUAACUGACUCUCCAUUCUCCUAAGUGCCUGAGGCCAAUCCCAGCUGGUUUGGUCCAAAGUUGGUCAAUCCCUUACCAUCUAUACAAGAUGAAGGAGUUUAACUCUGUCCUGUAGUGACCCAAUUGAAAGAGAGAAUCUGAUGAGCAAGCAGAGGCACCUGAGCUCCAGCGUGCAGCUUAGCUGGUGAAGGUCUGUCCCCCAACUUUCUCCAGGCUGCCUGCCACUGCCCAUCACUUGCAGAAAGAUGUGAUCCAGCCAGUCAUAAUUUUAUUAUCUCUUUAGAUAUGAAAGAAUCAGAUUUGUACACAUUUUACAAAGUGCCUUUUUUUUUUUUGACGUUUUCUUUUCACAAGAAAAGUGUAUUGAUUAGACAGUAAAUUUUACAUUUUAAGUAAAUGAAUGAAAAAGCCAGAAAGGGAAUCAUUAAAUGGUCUAAGGUCCAAUCAGCAACCAUUGAGUAGAUUUUAAUUUAUUGUUUAAUUGAAUUAACACACAGCUGAUGUGAAUAGUGUAACUUAUUUUGAUAAGAAAUUGACUCUGGCUAAGAUUUUGGAAUAAGUCUGCACCCUGUUACUUGAGACCCUCAAUUUAAAAACACAUUGAUGCACUUUUAAAUGGCUUUGAAUUGCAUACCAGGGCCUGAAAAGGGCAAUGGUGUACCAUGGAACUUGGCACACGUGCAGAAAGACAUAAAAGCCUCCGGAUUAUGGUCCGCAGGAUUGCUGAUGUAGAUUUGUCAUUGAUGAAAGCCUCUAGUGAACCAAUUUGUUUUUCUGCCUUUUCAGCCCAUGCAUCAUUAAUGUAGUCACUAGGGUAGUGGGCUGAGCACUCAAUUUCUGGUUGCCAGUAAACAGGCUGUGUGAUCUUAGCAAGUCCUUUAAAAGCUAAUCACUAGUUCCCUCAUCUGUUAAAUGAGUGGUUUGACCUAAGAUGUUUCUAAGACCUCUUCCGGCUCUAACAGUCUUUGAUGCACAUGAUCUGAGUAAAAUCCAGGGUUUCAGUAAAUGACCCAGGGACAGUUCAGGGAAAUACUGCUGAUGAUCCCUUAGCCUCAAGCAGUGGACAGUGUGGCUUUAACAAUGCUGAAGAGAAAAACAGGUCUACUCCUGCAAGUCCCGUCGAUUUCAUUUAACAUCCUUUGCUCCUCUUCUUAGCUGUCCACCUUGUAGGCUUUUAAUGCUCUCACUUAGGGCCUCCAUUUCUCCUGAGAGUUCAUUAUGUACAGUAGCAACCGUAGGAGUUUCAAGAAACUAAAUUAUUCAUAAAUAAUGACUUUGGCCUGAGUCAAACAUUAAAUUGGCCAUAUAGAUAUCAAGGCCCAAGUUGAAGGUCACAACUUACCUUAUUUAUGGAGCCACAGGCUUAGAGAUUCUAGCUCAAUUUCAUCCAUUAAUUCAUUUGUUCAAAGGCCAUUAAUAAAUCCAAGCUACAAUGAAGACUCUGUUGUGGAGGUCUUUUUUUUUUUGGUUUUAUUUUUAUUUUCAUACACACACACACACACACACACACACACACAUUUUCUUUAU